CACACGAAAACUUUUCGCAACACUAGAAACAAUCGAAAACGGUUAUAUCGGAUUCGUAAUAAUUGGUACAUUCUGGAAACAAAAUGUGUUUAAUGAAAAACUAACAUUUUCUUCAUGAAAGAAUAACAUCGGUUUGCUUCCAGCCAUGUCAAAUGUGAGCGGCGUCGACAAUAACAUGAAUAAAACAGACAUAAACGACCAUAAGAACAAGCAAUCCGGAGACGUCGAAAAGGGUCGGAUUGAAUAUUUAACAUCUAGUGUACCGUGGAGUAAAGUCAUGGUGAUUGUUGUGGCCAUGUGCGUUUUGGUAGCGGCGUGCGCUACAACUUGGAUUUUCCAAGACUGGCAGACAAGUAUUCAGGUCUUCGCUAUAAUUUUUGUAGUUUACGUUAUUUUAUUUUAUUGGAGAUGGCUUUGGGUGGCGCUGAGGACGGCAAAGAGAGAUUUCUCGGCGCUAUAUUGCUAUUUGAAAAUUUUAUCAUUGACGAGAUCGUUUUCGAAAAAGAAUUUCUCCAUGCCAGAAAUAUUUCAUAAUGUGGUGUUGCGACAUCCUGAUAAAGCGUGCUUUCUUUACGAAGACGAGACGUGGACUUUUAAACAGAUUGAAGACUUUAGUUUGAAAGUGUCGGCGGCAUUGAAGAGUAAAGGUGUGAAGCGUGGGGACACGGUAGCCGUGAUGGCGGGCAACUACCCAGAGAUGCCGGCCAUGUGGCUGGGCGUCGCGCGGCUCGGGGCGAUUGCGCCGCUCAUAAACACCAACCAGACUGGCAACACUCUCCUCCACUCCAUCAAUGUUGCCAAAUGCAACUUUGUUAUUUACUGUAGCGAGUUUUAUGAUGCGUUCCAGGAAAUAAAGAAAGAGUUGGACCCCUCAAUAAAGUUGUUAAAGUUCACUCGGCGUCCAUUGAACGUAUCAACCGACUCGGUAAAGGUUGUUGAAGAUUCAAACGAUUUCACGGGACUUCUGGAGAACACAACGCCAGCCGCCUGGAGCCCUUCUGACAGCGAUGGUUUCAACGGAAAGCUUCUGUAUAUUUACACUUCUGGGACCACUGGACUCCCUAAAGCCGCUGUUAUAUCGCCAUCAAGAAUGGUGUUCAUGGCUUCCGGAGUUCAUUACCUCGGGGGUUUGUCACCAAAAGACGUGAUCUACUGCCCCAUGCCCCUGUACCACUCGGCCGGGGGCUGCAUCACUGUUGGUCAGGCUUUCAUCUUUGGCUGCACAGUUGCUCUAAGGAACAAGUUUUCAGCCUCUGCGUAUUUCCCAGACUGCAUCAAAUUUAAUGCAACCGCUGCACACUACAUCGGCGAAAUGUGCCGAUACAUAUUGGCAACUCCUCCGAAACCGACCGACAAACAGCACAAAGUCCGCACAGUUUAUGGAAAUGGAAUGAGACCUACUGUCUGGACUGACUUCGUUAACAGAUUUAACAUCAAAAGGGUGGUUGAGUUUUACGGUGCUACCGAAGGAAAUGCUAAUAUAGUAAACAUCGACAAUAAGACUGGUGCCAUCGGUUUUAUAUCUAGGAUUAUCCCCGCGGUGUAUCCUAUUGCUAUCAUAAAAGUGGACGAGCACACCGGGGAGCCUAUAAGAAAUUCUCGCGGACUCUGCCAGCUGGCAAAAGCAAAUGAACCAGGAGCAUUUAUUGGCAAAAUAAACCCGAGUAACCCCUCAAGAGCUUUUCUUGGAUACGUCGAUAAACAAGCCUCUGAAAAGAAAAUUGUUAGAGACGUUUUUAAGCAUGGCGACUCAGCAUUUAUAUCGGGAGAUAUCCUUAUAGCAGACGAGCUGGGCUACUUGUACUUCCGGGAUCGAACCGGCGACACGUUCCGAUGGCGCGGCGAGAACGUCAGCACCACUGAGGUGGAGGCCGCUAUCUCCAGGAUCGCUGAUCAAAGGGAUGCAGUUGUCUACGGUGUAGAGAUUCCUAACACGGAAGGACGAGCGGGAAUGUGCGGUAUAGUUGACACGGACGGCAGUUUAGACCUGGAGAGAUUGGUCAAAGACAUGGCGAGGGAUCUGCCCAAAUAUGCUCGACCAGUCUUUCUUCGUGUGAUGGACAGCCUGGAUAUGACGGGUACAUUCAAACUGAAGAAAGUGGAUUUACAAAAGGAAGGUUACGAUCCCACGAUAAUAAAAGACAAGAUCUACUACUUGGACACAAAAUCAGAAAAGUACAUUAGUUUAGGUCCUGAUGAAUAUGAAAAAAUUAAGACGGGACAAAUAAGACUGUGAUUUUAAUUAAGAAUUAGACUUUAUCUUAAAUAUUUAAUUUCUAAGAGAAUUAGCUAAGAAUUAGACAAUUGGUGGAUGUUUGCUUAACAUUUUAUAAAGAUUCAUUGUCAAAGAAAUAGUGUCUAAUGUGAAGUGGGUUCGCCUCUGCCGAGUAUCGAUAGUUGAUACUACAAGCCAGCAUUCCUGUUUCCUGUCACGGUUGUAGUUCUAGUAGUCUAAUUUUCGUAACUGCACAGAUAACUACUGGGUAUACCUACUGAAGACAGUAUUCCAGCUACGGACAAAAAAAAAUUUUU